ACUCUGCACCAUCAGCAGCAUCAGGACCAUCAAGGACAAUGAGCCCCUAGCGAGUCUCCGCAUCCAUACGUGAACCUCGCGAGUCCACAGACCAACUAUGAAUCAUGUGUGUGCUGGUGCUGUCAAAUCUGCUCGCGUGCAUCCUCGCUUCUCGACUCCAGCCGUUCGUGGCGUUCGCGUCAGCCGUGUUGGAGGCUGAGAUCCCCAGGGAAGCGGUGUCAGAUGAUACUGCAGCGGGACGGACGCACAAUGCCAGCGUCCCGCAGGACUCACAGCGCACACUCACAUACCCCUCUCGCCUCAUCUACUACCGGAACGAAGCCUCGGAGAGCACCUACCAUGACCUGAACACCCGCAGCAAGAUCCCUGACGCACACAGACAGGAGGUCCAUCUCGCUCAGGCUUCAUUCCAGCUUCAGGCCUUUGGAUCCCAAUUCAUUCUGGACCUCACAUUAAACAAUGACCUGCUGUCCUCCGACUAUGUGGAGAUUCACUAUGAGGACGGGAAGCCCAUCCUCGGGAAGGGUGGAGAGCACUGUUACUACCACGGCCACAUCAGAGGGAAUGACAACUCUCACGCCGCUCUGUCCACCUGUAACGGUCUACAUGGCAUGUUUGAUGACGGACUCCAUGUGUACACAAUUGAGCCUCUUAAUCAGACUCACUCUAUUGAGGGAACAGCGAGACCACAUGUCUUACGCAGGACCAGUAUCCUGAAGCAAACGCCACCUACAGGAGAGGACGGCAUGGAGGAGGAUUUGUCUUGGCUUCACCGGAGGAAAAAGCGAGCUAUCCCGAGGAACCUGUUUGAGGAGAUGAAGUACAUCGAGCUGAUGAUCGUCAUCGACCACAACAUGUAUAAGAGACUGGGGACUAAGCAGCGCACACUCAACUUUGCCAAAUCUGUGGUCAACCUGGUGGAUGCUAGUUUUAAAGAUCACCUGUACACGCGUGUGGUCCUGGUCGCCCUGGAGAUCUGGACGGACAAGGAUCACAUUCCCAUUAGCGUGAUUCCGUUCGAGAUGCUGCGAAACUUUUCCAAAUACCGACAGCAACACAUCAGGAAGCACGCGGAUUCUGUGCAUCUGUUCUCGAACGUGACGUUUCACUAUACUCGCGGCUGCGCGGCGUAUUUUGGAGGGAUGUGUUCCGUGAGUCGCGGGGUCGGAGUCGUUGAGUAUGGGUCUACGCGGACAUUGGCGCUCGUGCUGUCCCAGAGUUUGGCUCAGAAUCUUGGGAUUCAGUGGGAUACAACAUCAAUAAAAAAUGACUGUGGGUGCAUGAACUCCUGGCUAGGCUGCAUCAUGGAGGACAAUGGGAUUCAGCUCACACGGAUCUUCUCCAAGUGCAGUAUCACUGGUUUUAAAGAGUUCCUGUUGAAGGGAGGGGGAUCCUGCCUCUUUAACAAACCCACCAAGCUGUUUGAAGAGACCGAGUGUGGAAAUGGAUAUGUAGAAGUGGGAGAGGAGUGUGACUGUGGACCAAGAGAAGAGUGCAUUAAAGAGUGCUGUAAGAAGUGUUCUCUGUCUAACGAUGCACACUGCAGUGAUGGACCCUGCUGCAAUAAAACAUGCCUGUUCUACCCGCGAGGUUACACCUGCCGCUAUGCAGUGAAUGACUGUGAUAUUUCAGAGACGUGCUCAGGAGACUCAGGCCAGUGCCCUCCCAAUCUACACAAGCAGGACGGCUACUUCUGCUCUCUCGAACAGGGCCGCUGCUACGCUGGAGAGUGCAAGACGAGAGACAGUCAGUGUAAAUAUGUGUGGGGUCCAAAGGCUGCGAGUUCAGAGAAGUUCUGCUAUGAGAAGCUGAACACUGAGGGCUCAGAGAAGGGCAACUGUGGUCAAGAUGGAGACAAAUGGAUCCAGUGCAGUAAGCAUGAUGUGUUUUGCGGGUAUCUGUUGUGCACUAACAUGGGCCGAAUCCCACGGAUAGGGAUCAUGAAAGGAGAAGUCACUCCCACAAACUUCAACCAUCAGGGCAGAGUGAUCGACUGCAGCGGUGGCCACGUCUUGCUGGAUGAUCAGACUGAUCACGGUUAUGUGGAGGAUGGGACUCCAUGUGGUCCAUCAAUGAUGUGUCUGGACAGGAAGUGUCUCCCUAUCCAGGAUCUGAACCUGAGCUCCUGUCCCAGCGGACACAAUGGACACAUCUGUUCCAGUCAUGGGGUGUGCAAUAAUGAGGCGGCUUGUACAUGUGACACGACAUGGGCGGGGACGGACUGUAGCAUGCCUGACCCUCCAAAAGAGCCGGCCCCCAGUGAAGAUGAGGAGCCCAAAGGUCCCAGUGCCACCAAUCUCAUCAUAGGGUCCAUCGCAGGGGCUAUCCUGGUGGCAGCUAUAGUCCUGGGUGGGACAGGCUGGGGUUUUAAUUUUGUGUAAACUCAACAUGAGAGCAGGGUCUCAGCUUUAGACAUGACACAUGCUCUUCACUUCCUGUCUCCUUGCGGAGCUGCUGGCUGGCAAACCCACCUGGUACCGACAGCUCUCACUGGCACUGGUCUGCAUGACCACGUCCAGAAAUGCUGGCAUUUCACUGUCGCACACAAUUAUCCCAUCUGCAUGGGGCUGUCCAGGAAAUGCAUCAUUUUGGAAGGGCGUUCACACUGACAGUGAUUCACCUCGUUCGCUGGAGGUUGCCAAAUUACGGUAGUGCUAGUAGAUGUUUCUACUCGACUGCAGUGUGCGUCAACUGUAGGCGGAUCCUCAAAACUCUUCACUCCCAUGUACGUGCAGUUUUUUUCUGAUUAAUUGUUAAGAAUUAUGGUUAUAAUAUUAUCGACAUUAUUUACAAACCCAAAUGCACAGCAAGAAUGAUGAACUUUCAUACAGUCAGUGUGUUACUGGCCACUGUUGUAAACUCGCGUCAAAUGCGGAUGCAUGAGGUAAUCGGAGCUGCUAACACACACACACACACACACAAAGGAGGUCUAGAAACACGUCCUCUGUGUCGGGAGCUGCAGCUCAUUUGCAUUUAAAGGGCCAGACACAAAUCCCUCAAAAAAUGAACAGGCUUAAACAUGCUAUAUAAAAUUAUCUGUGGGGUAUUUUGAGCUAAAACUUCACACACACACACAUACACUGGGGACAUCAGAGAUUUAUUUUACAUCUUGUGAAAAGGGCAUUAUACCACCCCUUUAAACCCCACAAUUUGCUGUCAGUGUAAACGCCCUGAAGAGCGACACCCCUUCAGUAGAUCACAUGAACACUGAGGGCCCUAUUUUAACCAUCUGAAGCGCAAGUAUCAAGCACGAAGCGCAAGUAACUUUGUGGGAGGGUCCCGGCGCUGUUGCUAUUUU